UAUUCUGUAUCGGACGUAGAGAUGUAUUAUAAGUUAUAACCGCACUCCACAUUCACAAUAACACAGGCAGACGAAGCGACGACUCCACGCCAAAUACUCGUCAGUCGUCUCAUAAUAAUUGCUGAUUGCAUCAUCGAGUUCGCGAUAAAUUAUCCGUGAAGAUACUAAAUAUAGAAGAUGGCGGCAGACAAGGUGUUCCACUCGCGAUCACAAGGUAUACCAUCAGAGGGUGUGAAGGACCAAUAUGCGGACGGCAAAGCGGCGAGGGUGUGGAAGAAGUACAUCGGUGACAGCAAUCAGAGGACUAAGAACUACAGAGACUUCCUCUCGGGGAUCCUGAAGAAGCACGGCUGCGUCAGGGUGCUGGAUGCCGCCUGUGGCACGGGUAUAGACUCCAUGAUGCUGCUGGACGAGGGCUUCCAGGUGGUGUCAGUGGACGCCUCCGACAAGAUGCUGAAACACGCUCUCAAGGCGCGCUGGGAGAAACGCAAGGACCCCCGAUACGAUGAGUGGGUUAUCGAAGAAGCAAGUUGGGAGACUCUCCCGAAGGAUGUGGAGUCUUUCCUCCCCAGAGCCAGGUUCGACGCGGUGAUAUGCCUGGGCAACUCAUUCGCCCAUCUCCUUGACGAGUUCGAAGACCAGCGCACGCAAAGAAUGUGCCUGGAGAACUUCGCGAAGGUGCUGAAGCCGGGCGGGCUGCUUAUCAUCGACCACCGGAACUACGACGCGAUGAUCGACAGCGGCGCUACUCCGGGACAUUCGAUAUAUUAUAACUGCUCGUACCCGGUGGACAUCAAGACCUCGGUGCUGGUGGUGCGCGGGAAGCCGGAGCUGGUGGCACUGGACUACUGCAUCAUGCCCGGCGACGACGCAGACAGCACCGACAGAAGUGAAUUUCGUCUCUGCUACUACCCCCACAAGCUCGAGCGGUUCACAAAAAUGUUGGACGAGGCUUUCAACAACCGCUGCAAACACAGCAUCUACGCCGACUUCCAACCUCUGGAUCGAGUCUCCAACCCAGCUUACUACAUACAUGUGAUGGAGAAGCUGUGAUUAUUAUAAGAUUGUUUAUUGUUACUUUAUCAUUUAGGAGUUGUUAUUUUAUUAUAUGUUUUUGAAUUUUU